CAGAGACAUUCAAACAGGCAAUCAUGCAACAAAUAAGGAAUGUAUUCCGAAAAGCAGCACUUCGAGCGGAAAACACAAUCUCUUCAGUCUCUAAAACUGGGCGGAAGCAGCCCGGGGCUUCGAUGUCAACUGGACCUCAGCAACGUGAAGGAACAUUCUAUGAAUUCCGUACUUACCACAUCCACCCGCAUCAGAAUGCAGCCUUCCUCAGACUGACCAGUGAGAAGAUCCACCUGCGCACAGCACAGUCUGAGCUCCUGGGCUACUGGACCGUAGAGUAUGGAGGUCUCAAUCAGGUCUUCCACAUAUGGAAAUACGACAGCUACACUCAGCGGGCAGCUGUGCGGGCAGCCCUGGCUCAGGACUCCAGCUGGGGGGAACAGUACAUCUCUAAAGCCAUGCCCAUGCUGUCCUCCCAGGACAGUGAAGUCACAUACCUAGUGCCCUGGAGCAAGAUCCAGAAACCACCUAAAGAGGGUGGUGUGUAUGAGCUGGUGUCCUUCCAGAUGAAGCCGGGUGGUCCAGCUGUGUGGGGCGAGGCUUUUCAAGGCGCAGUUGGCACCCAUGCAGCCCCGGGGUAUGCCCACCCGGUGGGUGUCUUCCACAGCGAGUUCGGUUGGCUCAACAGAGUACAUGUCCUGUGGUGGUAUGAGAGUGCAGACCAUCGGGCAGCUGUAAGAUACAGAUCUCACAGUGAUCCUAGAGUAGUGGCUGCAGUACGGCAGAGUGUUGGCUACCUUGAAUCUCAACGCAACAAGCUCAUGUUUCCUUGCCCCUACUCACCGCUUAAAUGAACCAGUCAUAGUGAACGGUGGGUCAGUGGCCGUACCCCGGAGCCUGCACAGCACUUCAGAAGGAACGCCAACCUUUGUCUUUAGUUUCAAAAUGACUAUUGUUACAUGGGAGGUGAGAGUUUAGACCUGUGCAGCUUUCUUUGACUGCUGGCUUGGUCUUGCAUUCCUGUACUUUAAAGAUUUGAACCAUUUUUUAGUUGUGAAAGAUAUUAAACUAGUAAUGCAUUUUGCAAUAGAUGGACCUCUUUCUCUGACAUUUUUGAUUAAUGUGAGGGAGUGUGAAUUGUAUCUCUCUGCUCUAUGGACUGUGCCCGAGGAACUGGCAUAUGUUAGUACUUCAAGGGAGUAGUGCAUUACUGCAUGCCUUUCUCUAUUAGUCACACAGGGUACUAGCAAACCUGUUUGCAGAAAUUUCAUGCAUGUAUGAAAGUUCUACUGAAGUUAUAUGAUGUUUUAAUGGAUAGUGAUUAUAUAUUGAUUAAAAAAAUAAACUGUAAUUAUAUGAAAUCAAAAUUUCUUGGUUUUUAUUUUAGACACAACAGAAAUGUAAGGUAAACAUUGCUAUAAUGUACCAGCAAGCGUAAAAAAAUGAAACACCUGUAAACCAAUGUUAUGAAUUUACUGAUUGUUUUAAAAAACAUUUAUAGUUUAUAAUGAAUGUGCUUAACUGAAAAGUAUGGAUGCUUUUAAGAGUGUGGCGGGGAUAUUCAGCUUUAACAAACAAAUGCAACGGAAUAAAUACACAAGUGUUGCCAAAUGACAACCAUGUGGCUCUUAGUGAUUCCAAGGCCGAGUACUAAAACUAGCUUUUGGAUUUCUUGUCA